GGUGGACCACUGCCCAGUGCUGCCCUCUCAGGCCUGCUGCAAGGGGCACCGGGACCCUGCUGGACCCAGGCUAACUGCCUGGGUUAACCGCUGAGGCUAACCGCUAAGGGAGUUGCCCUGGCACCUCAGAUCCUGGCUGGGAAAGGCAAGUCCGGCCAGUGGGGGCAGGGCCAGGGCUCCUGGAAUCAGGAUCUGCAGGCCGAGUUGGAGGUGCUCCAUUCCCAUGUCACCUGGAGAAAAACUGGACCCACUUCCUGAACCUUUCAUCCUGCAGCCGCCCAUCUUCCACCCGGUGGUUCCUUAUGUCGUGACAAUUUUCGGUGGCCUGCGUGCGGGCAAGAUGGUCAUGCUACAGGGAGUGGUCCCUCUAGAGGCACGCAGGUUCCAGGUAGACUUCCAGUGCGGCUGCAGCGUGCACCCCCGGCCGGAUAUCGCCGUCCACUUCAACCCUCGCUUCCACACCACCAAGCCCCACGUCAUCUGCAACACCUUACACUCGGGGCGCUGGGAGGCCGAGGCCCGGUGGCCCCGCGUGCCCCUGCAGAGAGGAGCCCCUUUCCGCCUCCUCUUUCUCUUUGGAAACGAGGAAAUGAAGGUGAGUGUGAAUGGACAACACUUUCUCCACUACCGCUACCGGCUCCCGCUGUCCCGUGUAGACACCCUGGGCAUAUUUGGUGACAUCCUGGUGGAGGCUAUUGGAUUCCUGAACAUCAGCCCAUUCGCGGAGGGCGGCAGCGAGUACCCAGUUGGAUACCCUUUCCUGCUGAAGAGCCACAGCCUGGAGGUGCCCUGCUCGCGUGCCCUUCCCCGGGGUCUCUGGCCCGGACAGGUCAUCGUGCUGCGGGGGCUGGUCUUGCCGGAGCCCAAGGACUUCACACUGAGCCUGCGGGACGAGGCCGCUCAUGUGCCCGUGAUGCUCCGGGCUUCCUUUGCAGACAGAACUCUGGCCUGGGUCUCGCGCUGGUGCAAGGAGCUGAUCUCAGCCCCCUUCCUCUUCUAUCCACAGCGAUUCUUCGAGGUGCUGCUCCUGUGCCAGGAGGGAGGGCUGAAGCUGGCGCUCAACGGGCAGGGCCUGGGCGCCACCAGCCUCCAGCGGCAGACCCUGGAGCGACUGCGGGAGCUCCGGGUCAGUGGCAGUGUCCAGCUCUACUGCGUCCACUGCUGAGGAAUGAGCCAGGGACCCCACCAGGGAAGGGGAGGGCCAUGCCCGGCACCCCUUGGUGUAGCUCCACUCUCUACCCUUCCUUGAACCGUGUAUCUGUCACCACCACCAGAGUCUGCAGGGGCUUUGGGUCCCACAUCAGAGGGAAGCCUCCUCCAACUCGGGGCCCCCUCCACCAGGAGCCUG